GUGUGCUUUGUGCUUCCCUCUUAGAAUAAUACCAUUUCGAGAGAUCAAAAAAAAAAAAGAUACAUUAUAGAAAGACGAGAAGCAGAAGAAAAGAAAAUGAAGUCUUUCUGUGAUAAUGAUGAUAAUGAUCAUGCCAACACGACUAACUUGUUAGGGUUCUCGUUGUCUUCAAAUAUGAUGAAAAUGGGAGGAAGUGAAGGAGAAGCUCUAUACUCAUCUUCGUCCUCUUCAGUUGCAACUUCUUCUGUUCCACCACAACUUGUUGUUAGUGACAACAGUAGCAACUAUGGAGUUUGCUAUGGAUCAAACUCGGCAGCUGGGGAUAUCUAUUCUCAAAUGUCUGUGAUGCCACUCAGAUCUGAUGGUUCUCUUUGCUUAAUGGAAGCUCUCAACAGAUCUUCUCACUCAAACCAUCAUCACCAUACACAAGUUUCAUCUCCAAAGAUGGAGGACUUCUUUGGGACCCAUCACAACAACACAAAUCACAAAGAAGCCAUGGAUCUUAGCUUAGAUAGUUUAUUCUACAAUACCACUCAUGAGCCAAACAACAACACAAACUUUCAAGAGUUCUUUAGCUUCCCUCAAACCAGAAACCACCAUGAGGAAGUAUCAGGAAAUUACGAAAAUGUCCCUGGUCUGACACAUGAAGGAGUCCCUUUAAAUGUAGGGGUAUAUGGGGAAUUUCAACACUCACUGAGCUUAUCCAUGAGCCCUGGGUCACAAUCUAGCUGCAUCACUGGCCCUCACCACCACCAAACUCAAAACCACCAUCAGAUCUCUGAAGCUUUGGUUGAGACAAGUGUUGGGUUUGAGACAACAAUGGCUGAUGCUAAGAAGAAGAAGAGUGGGAAAGAGGACGUGGUGGUUGUUGGACAGAAACAGAUUGCUCAUAGAAAAUCCAUUGAUACUUUUGGACAACGAACUUCCCAAUACCGAGGCGUUACAAGACAUAGAUGGACUGGUAGAUAUGAAGCUCAUCUAUGGGACAAUAGUUUCAAGAAGGAAGGUCAUAGCAGAAAAGGAAGACAAGUUUAUCUGGGAGGUUAUGAUAUGGAGGAGAAAGCUGCCCGUGCAUAUGAUCUUGCUGCACUCAAGUACUGGGGUCCCUCUACUCACACUAAUUUCUCAGUGGAGAUUUAUCAGAAAGAGAUUGAGGACAUGAAGAACAUGACUCGACAAGAAUAUGUUGCUCAUUUAAGAAGGAAAAGCAGUGGUUUCUCUAGGGGUGCUUCUAUCUAUAGAGGAGUCACAAGACAUCACCAGCAUGGAAGGUGGCAAGCUCGGAUUGGUAGAGUCGCUGGAAACAAAGAUCUCUACCUCGGAACUUUUGGAACUCAAGAAGAAGCUGGAGAAGCCUAUGAUGUAGCAGCUAUCAAGUUCCGUGGCACCAACGCUGUGACUAACUUUGACAUUACAAGGUACGAUGUGGAUCGAAUAAUGUCUAGUAACACACUCUUGUCUGGAGAGUUGGCUCGAAGAAACAACAACAGCAUCGUGGUCCGCAACAAUAAUGGCGAGGAAACCACUUUAAACGCCGUCGUGGACGGCGGUUCGAAUAAAGAAGUGAGUGGUCCGGAGAGGGUUUUGAGUUUUCCUGCGAUUUUCUCGUUGCCUCAAGUUGGUCCGAAGAUGUUUGGAGCGAAUGUGGUCGGAAACAUGAGUUCUUGGACUACAAACCCUAAUGCUGAGCUCAAGGCCGUUUCUCUUACAUUGCCUCACAUGCCGGUUUUCGCAGCUUGGGCUGAUUCUUAAUCCAAUCUAAUGGCUGACUAUGGUUUUCAUGGUUUAAGUGUUUCAGUUUAUCAACGGUUUUAUCCGGUUUGAAUUAAGAUUCGGUUAUAAAAAGAUUUUGGUUAGGAGCGGUAUAUGUUUCUUUUGAUUAAUAUUCAUGUGAAACAGAAUGAAUCUCUCUAUAACAUAUGGUUUUAACGCA